CACACACACACACACACACACACAGCUGACUUGGCCUUUGAAGGUCCAGCUGGGUUGAGCUCAGGUUACAGACAGAGCUCUGCUGCCUGAUGGGAACUCCAGAACGCUGGCCUUCCCUCCACAUUCAGCAGGAUUUGCAUUAUUAACAUUCUCGUUCUUCAAACAAAUAUCUGGAUGAAGCUACAAUCGGCUGCGGAGCGAGUCUGUUGGCGAGAGAGAGGGCAGGGUGGUAUGUCUUUGAGUUUUGUGACUGAAAAAAUAUACUGUACUUUAAAGUGCACUGAAUCCUGAAUGUCUGAUCCGUUCAGUUUGCUCAGCCUGGCCAUGAACAGAACCACACAGGCAUUACCAAAACAGAGACUUAUGUUGGCUGCCCAAACUGCUGAUAUAAAGCAGUUGCAGUAAAAAAAAAAAAAAGCAGGCAGGGCUGAAAAUGCUGGAUGUGAAACACCCCAGAGUCCUGACCCUGCAACCACCUCUAAACACAUUCGCAGACUCAAUAGAAACCACGAGGCCAGAGGUAGAAUGGCAGAGAUUGAUGGAGACAGACAAAUGGAUUGAUGAAAUAAAGUGUCCAAAGCCUUUAAAAGAACCUUCACGAGGUCAAGUGCUUCAAACAGCUGAUCGGAAAGAUGGGAAAAAAAAAAAAAGAAGAAAAGAAAGCAACACUGUCAGGUCUUGUUUUCAGACAUAGAGCUGGGUUUUCUUCUCCCACGCUGACUGCCUCCGCUUAGCCCUCCGACCCCUUCCAUCCGUCUAAACAGUGCAGCAUCAGCAUUGAGUACAGCAUCUCGGGAUUUUUUUUUUCCCUUCUACCCUCUUCCUCCCUUCCCGCUUCUAGAAGCCAGGGGGGUGGAGAGGGGGGAUGAGAAGGAGGGGGAGGGUGUCCUCGUCCUGCCAACAACAACACCAGUCAGCAAGCAUGGGGAUGUCUUUUGCAUUAGCUCAACAUUGACCCAAAGACAACAGAAACAAACAAUACGGUCAGGGAGGGUUUUCAGUUUCUAAUGUCAACAUCAGGUGUCUUCUAUCCGGCUUUGCCCUGUAAGCAGUUUGCUUCCAAUCAACUGAGGUGACUAACUGAAAAUAAGCACCACGAACGACGAUGAUGAUGACUUCUUCAGCACGGAACUGAGCGCUGUCUCACAUCAAAAUCUGGUAGAAAACUUAUUAAAACCCACUGAUUAUAAUGUCCUACACUUUCCCCAUUUGUCUUUUUCCCAGUUUCUCAGCGUUGGCAGCUCCAUGUAGCUGCUGUUUGUGGAAACUAGAAUCAAUGUAUAACCCUCACACUGAAUUAAAUCCCCACCAUAUUUUGGAGGCAUUUGCCAAAACACCAAGUGUGACUAUUAAAAUAAACAGACGCACAUUUUCCACUUGCAGGGAUCUCUCACUGUCUGGCAUAGAAAUGUAUACAUGUCUGAGGUAGUUGUGGUGUACACACAGAUGCAGUUGUUUUUACUCGCAGCAGCCUCGUGCGCAUGGCAGCAGCAGCAGCGGCGUCCCCCGCACAACCUGCUCCCUGUCCGUCUGUCACUUUGGCCCCGCUGUAAAACUGAGUUCAUAGUUCCACUGCGGAAGGGAACCUGGGUCUGCCUGCUCACAUUAAUUAAAAAUCACAUUUGCAUUGAAUUGCUAGUGGCUAUAGCUGCAGUUUUUCUUCUAUUUUUUUCCCUCCAUUUAUAUUUAAAUUUCAAAAGAGUAGGUAUUAUGUUUGAGGCAGUUCAUAUUCUAGAUGUGCAUAUCUGUUUCUCCUCAAUUCCCAUAGCCCCGAUAUAUACAAACAUAAAGAAAUCAUACAAAACAAUGCCACAUACAUUGUACAUAGUAUACUUUUAUACAUAUAUAUGACCUUGUUAUAUACAUACAUGCAUACAGCCUACAUGAUAUAUACCUUGAUUAGAAACACUGGCCUCUUUUAUGCAGAUGUUAAUCAGUCCUACCUGGGAAGAGCAGGAUCAUUUCAUCUUACUCCAUGCCACCGUCUUGCAUUUUAAUAUCCCAACAUGUCAUAAAACAAGUGUUGCAACUAAUGAUUUCAUUAUUGUUUAAUCUGCCAAUCAUUUGUUUCAUCUGUGUCCAAAAAGUGUGAAAAUUAUGAAAAUUAUGAAGUCAAAACACCAAGAUAUUUUGUUUACUAUAAGAUAACACAAGGAAAAGCAGCAAAUCCUCACAUUUUAGAAGCUGGAACCAGCAAACGUUUGUCAUUUUUGCUAUAAAAAAAAAAAAAAGAUUCAAAUGAUUCAUUGACGAUCAAAACAUGGAUGCUGCAUAAUUUUCAGUUUCAAAAUGUAUCACAUAUAACUCAUGUCAUUCUCUUUUUAAAUGUUUCUAUGAUUUGUUGUACAGAAUGACAAAUUUAACUGUCUGCAGAGAUAUAUUAAACUACUUCUCGGUAAUGCCCCGUCAGCUGAGAUUCAUCACUUGAAAACAAUUGUAUAAUGACAGUAUGACUGGGCAGCACUUGUUUCAGACAGAUGUUUAUGAUUUUCGAGGGUCAGUCAACCGAAAUACAAAACUGCAAAAACUUUCACUUGCAGUUUUACUUGCUGUGGUUUUGAGAGCUAAAUACCACAAAAACAAGAUUCUUUUGACCCCACUUUAAACAUUGUGUCCUGUUUUACUGAGUCAACGUGGCCUGUGUUCACAAUACUGGAAAACAUAAGUGCGAGUUUGGCCGAUUAACCACCUUCAGCUUUGUGCUAAACAAGGGCACAAGGAAACAUUAUAAGGCGAUUAACUGGAAAACAUGAAAGCCACCUGCUACGGCUUAAUGUAAACUGAACCAGAUCACCUCACAAGGGGUUCAAGCAAAAAAAACCAACUAAAUAACAGCCUCUUUCCUCAGCGUUAUUUGUCAGAAUUCCGUUCAAUUAACCACCAAAUCAGAGUGAUUAUGAUCUAUUUGCUAAUGUUCUCUGUGCUGGCACUGAUAGUGUCCUUCCUGAUAGUGUUGCUCUCUCAUGCGCAUGAGAGAGCAGGAGAGAAAUAUCCCUGGGUUCAGCAGGACCACAACUGCAAUCAGUGUGUGAAUGGAGGAGUGGUGAUUACCAGAACUGGCCCACCAUUUCCUCCUUGUGGUCGCUCGCUUUAAACCACCUCAAUCACCAGAAAAACACUGCUGGUCUGUUGACAAGCGUCACUGUGGGAAGGUACCUACACAAGACAAUUCUUGGGAAUUUACCCUCCACAGAGACAAAAACUAGACUAAAACUAAAUAUAGCUUGUCAGAGAAGUAGUCAUUAUACUGUAGAUCUUUCAUGAACUUGCUUUAACAAUAGCUGGACUGCUGCUUUUCCCAUGCAGUUGCAACCGUUUCAUUUUAUAGCUGAAUGCUGCUUUGCCGUUUGCAAUCAUGACUUUACACUAAUGUUCCACAGAGACAACACAUUGGAAACAUUAAUCAGGGAGGAAAAUAAAUUAGUAGAAUUACUGAACAGGCAAAAGCUCCAAGGAGCAGCAAAACCUUUUUGCAGGACUUUUGGGUUCAGAUGUCAAUAUGAAAACAGGUUUCACCCACAAUAACAACCUUAACCAAAAUGUCUGCAGCUGUUGAACAUCACAGGACACACACACACACACACACAUACAGGUCUGACCUUUACACCACUUCCUUUAAUUACUCCACACACACCAAAAAAAAAUAUUACGCCAGAUGUGCAGAUCAAGAGAAUUCCAGCUGGUGAGGAAUGUAAAACACUCUGGAAAAUAUAAUGAGGAGUCAAAGCAGAGCACAACUGUGAAUGCAUCCAGGAGACCAUCGACAACAGCUGAUAGCAGUGGGGCUGCUACUAGGAGGGCCAGAGCUGUAAACAGACCAUCACCCAUCGACUGUAAACUGAGGAGCUGGUCAUCGUGGACACCAUGUAACUCCUGCACAGACAAAAAGUUCCGUUUCCGAUACAUGGAGAGGCCGUCGCAGUUUGGUGGCACAGAGUGCUAUGAGACACUGUGGGAUAGGAUGACGUGUCCGACAACAACCACAACAUGUCUGGUGCCAGAUUAUUGUGGAGAUAGCUUCACCUGCAAAGAAACGGGGCGCUGCAUCAGCCAGUCCCUUCGCUGUAAUGGAGAAUCAGACUGUGAAGAUUUUUCUGAUGAAGACGAUUGUGAAACCAUUAACCAGAGAGACGACAAGUGUUCCACCCUCCUGCCGAUCCCUGGUGCUGAGCGGGGCACACAGGGCUACAACAUCUUGACUGGAGACUUUGUGGAUUAUGUACUUGACCCAAAGUACUUUGGAGGAAAGUGUGAAUAUGUCUAUAAUGGUGAAUGGAGGAAAUUCAUAUAUGACUCAUUCUGUGAAAGUUUGCACUACAAUGAGGAUGAAAAGAACUACAGGAAACCUUACAACUACCAUACCUACCAAUUUGUGGCUGAAGCUUCAUCAGAGGGCUCUUAUGAAUACUAUGACGAUAUGGUGAGCCUGCUGAGAGCGAGGAAAACUAUGAGCUCCUCCAGUGGCGGUGCCUCAUUUGGGAUCUAUUAUGUGGAAGCGGGGCUGAGUGGAAGCCAGGAGUCUCAGUUUGAGAGCAACAUAACACAGUAUAAGAGUGAGGACUUUGGGUUCGUUAGGCUUUUGUCCAAAGUGCAAACAGCCCGCUUCAAGAUAAGAAGUAAUAAGUUAAUGCUUCAUGAAAAUUUCUACAUGUCACUCAUGGAGCUUCCAGAGCAGUAUGACUUUGGGAUGUACUCCCAAUUCUUCAACACAUUUGGCACCCACUAUGUCACUGAAGGAACUAUGGGAGGAACCCUGGAGUAUGUAAUGGUUAUCAACAAAACAGCCAAGGCAUAUUCAAAACUAGAGGCUGAACAAUCUGCUCUAUGCCUUGGUGGCUCUUUUGGUCUAACCUUUCCACUUGACAGCUAUGGAUCACUAGGUCUCAAAGCGAGUGGGGAGUCGUGCGACAAAGAAGGACGUUAUUCUCAUGGCAAAAGAGACAGUUCAGCUAUGAUUCAGGACAUUGUCACUAAAGUGAAAGGAGGAGUCACAGUCAGUAGCAGUGGCGUGUUGGCUCUCAGGAACCCCGAAACCUAUAAGAACUGGGGAGCAAGCCUCAAAUACAACCCAGAUCUCAUUGAGUAUGAGAUCAUGCCAAUCUAUGAGCUUGUGCGCUUCAGCACAGCCGCUGACGAUGCAGGUGCCAGACUGGCCAACCUACAGAGGGGUUGGGAUGAGUAUCUGCAGCAGUUCGACUCCUGUCGCUGUGCCCCCUGCAGACACAACGGGGUCCCAGUCCUCUCUGGUACCUCCUGUAGCUGCCUCUGCAAGGCAGGCUAUGAGGGAGAGGCCUGUGAAGUGACUCGUAGAGGAGAUACCACAACAGAUGGGUCGUGGUCCUGCUGGGGGGCUUGGUCAUCCUGUACAUCAGGGAUGAAGACUCGGACCAGAGCCUGUAAUAAUCCCCCAACUGAUGAGGGCAUAACUUGCCUGGGCAGCUCCUCUCAGACUCAGCGAUGUUAAAAUGAUGUUUGUCUCAGACUCCAGAGUGAAGAUGCUUAAGUGCUAACUGAGUGUAAUUUAAGAGUUUUCUCAAUCAAUAAAAACUUCUUUUCCACCACCCAUUGGAAUUGUCUGAGCUCAUACUGUGACAUACUGUACAUGACGGUAGGAAUAAAUGUGUGUUGUGCAGACUUUA